AUGGAUCUUGCCAAGCUCUACAACGUCCCUCAGUGGUUGCUCGAUGCGUACUGUGACAUCGUCUCUCAGCCAGGUCCAAUAGAAAGAAAAGGAGACUUGGCAGAUAUGGAUCUGGAAACCUUAUGCGAACUCCUUUUGAUUCGGGAAAGUCACCCAUCAGAACGACGUCUUGAAGCUAUUCUUGACAUGACGAUGCCGAAAAUAUACGGAGCUAACCAAGCGGUCGUGCGCGACUUUCGACGACACUUCGACAAAUGGGUUAUCGAUGGGCAACAAGUCGUCCCGAAAGCCAACGUGAACAUGAGCGACCUUGUUGGAAAAGCAUUCGCACAAGAACUGACAGAAUUGAAGUUUUAA